UUUUCCUUUUUUUUGGUCGAAGCCUACAAGAGAGAAUCAGGUUCCACUAUUUUGACCAAGAAUUUAGAUUCCAUUAUUGUUGUGCCGAAGAAAUUUGUCAGAUUCUUCUAUUUGGGAAUCUGAAAAUUAUUGAUAUGCUCAGCGCCACAAGUCCUCUGCCUCUCACUAAACCUCCUCAGGCGUCACAGAGCGCACAGCUUAACGUUGACGCAGUGCGGCCGAGUCAUCCAUGGCAACGUCAUCAGUGCCCGAGUCGGAGUCCGAUUCCAGCUGUGUUGGCUCGGAUUACGCAGAGAUCAUAGUACUGCGUCACGGUGAAACGGCCUGGAACGCUGAUGGAAGAAUCCAGGGGCAUCUGGAUGUUGAGUUAAAUGAUGCUGGGAGGCAGCAAGCAGCUGUGGUGGGUGAUAGGUUAUCCAAGGAGCCCAAGAUCUCCCUUGUAUAUUCUUCUGACUUAGCACGAGCUUAUGAAACUGCACAGAUAAUUGCAGCCAGGUGUGGCGGGAUAAAGGUUGUAACAGAUGUUGAUUUACGAGAAAGGCAUUUAGGGGAUCUUCAAGGCCUUGUAUUUCGCGACACUGCCAAACUUAAUCCUAAGGCUCACCAGGCCUUUGUAUCUCGUGAGACAUGCCAAGAGAUUCCAGGUGGUGGAGAAAGUCGUGAUCAACUUCAUCAACGUUGCACAUCUUCAGUGCAGAGAAUUGGCAAUAAGCACAAAGGAGAGCGAGUAGUUCUGGUCAGUCAUGGAGGGUUUAUCAGAACACUCUACAAAGAGGCUUCCCCAGAUGGCAGGUCUGUUGCAAAAGUACUCAAUACAUCCGUCAACAUAAUUCACGUGUAUGAGGACGGCAAAUGGACCAUAAAAUCCUGGGGUGAUGUUAGUCACCUCAACCAAACAGGUUAUCUGCAAUCAGGUUUCGGCGGGGACGAAAAAUCUGGUUAGCUCGUGAUUGGGAUGCUCUCAUAAUUUGUAGUAAUCAAUAGAAUGCUGGAAUUGACUAUUCAGAAUUCAGUCAGAAUUUCCUUCAAUACUUAUGGCCUAGAUCGGCCGAUGCCGAAAUUUGUUUUGUUAUCUCAUUGGCCAAGACUAUAGCCGCAUGAUUGUUCAAUCGACAUCAACUUUUCCAUUUUAGCAAUAAGUUGAAUUUAUUGAUAUGA